CUUAACCAUAGAUGUCACAAGGAACCGAUACCGUAACUGCAGUCUGGACGAUAAGAGCACUUGUACAAAAGGCAAUCCUACAAAGCUAUGAUGCUAAAUAAACCAACAAUCGAGGAGAAUAUAAAAAAACUAGUUGGAACCUUAACAUCUCUCUAUCCUACUAAAAACCGUAACUUGAAAGAUAAAGACCCGUCAUGGCUCUUGGUACCCCAUAAUAUCCUGCACACGAAUCUCCUAUCAGUCGGCCGGGCAAAAUGUACAAAGCAUCACAAACUCUUGUACAGCUUCAAGCUUAGCACAACAUAUACAUAGAACUUUCCAUAUAAUCAAAAUACCGUCCAGUUUUAACUGCUAGUUUACUAUCCUUAACCCCAUUAUGGCUAAACUUCUCUGGGCCUUUCUCGCCUUCGCCGUUGCCGCCCACAUCCACGAACCGGGCUACUGCGCGAUGUACGGACUGUGCGGGCUGGAAACGCCGUUUGGUGCUGAUCUCCCUUGUUUAGACAACAGACGAGCGGUACCGGCUUCCUCCACGCUUCUCCGUGAGGUUUGUCCCAACUUGCCCUCCGAAAACGGCGUUUGCUGCUCCGAGAGCCAGCUCACAACCCUAAAGUCCAACCUAGACAAGGUCAAGGCGCUCAUUAGCGCGUGUCCGGCGUGCCACACCAAUUUUGUCGACUUUUUCUGUCACUUUACCUGCUCAGCCAACCAGUCCAUGUUUGUCAACGUCACCAGCGACGGUCCCCGCGUGGCGGAGCUCGACUACUUUGUAAAUACCACGUUUGCUGAGCGCUUCUUCGACAGCUGCAAGGAGGUGAAGCUCGGAAUGAUGAGCGGCUACGCCAUGGAUUUGAUCGGUGGAGGUGCCAAAACCCCGGCGGCGUUUCUCAAGUUUUUAGGCGACAAGAAGCCCAUGCUCGGCGGAUCGCCCUUCCAGAUCAACUUCCCCCAAACUUCGCCACCGGCGAUGACUCCGCUUUCGCUCACCGCCCGAGAUUGCGACGACGCCGCUUACAAGUGCUCUUGCGGUGACUGUGCAGCUGUGUGUCCGACUUUGCCUGAGCUAGCGCCCCCGAAACAGUGUAAAGUGGGACCCGUUCCUUGUUUCUCCUUCCUUGUCCUUCUUGGUGUCAGCGUUGCCGUAUCUGUCGUCAUCUAUCUUGUGGUGAUGGAGAAAAUGGAUUUACGGUUUGCGUUUAAGCCAACCUCCGAAGAUUUACAGCCUCUUAACGACUUUUCAAAGCCCCAGAAGUCAAACAGAUUGAACGUGUGGCUCGAGGACAGAUUGGCAGGCCUAGCCUACCUCUGUGCCUCCAGCCCAAAGAGAACCAUUUUCUCAUCGCUCUUACUUGCCGUCGCCCUUUCCUUGGGGAUGCUCAAAACGCAGUUGGUUACAGACCCCACCAAUCUCUGGGUAAGCCCCGACGCUGAAGCGUUUCAGCAAAAGCAGUACUUUGACGAAAAGUUCGGCCCGUUCUACAAGACCGAACAGGUGUUUGUGUCAAGCUUGGACGGCCUGGAGGUGUUGUCCUGGGAGACCCUCCGCUGGUGGGCCACCAAGGAGCAGGAAAUCGCCACCUUGCAGUCGUCUGGUUCGAACUACACGUUGGCAGACAUCUGUUUUAAGCCUUUGGAUGGUGGUGGAUGUGUGAUUGAGUCAUGGACGCAAUACUUCGGCUCGGUAGAGGAGCUAGGCCCGGAUACCUGGAGGGGCAAGCUCUCUGAGUGUGCCUCUCAGCCAGUGACGUGCUUGCCAUCGUUCGGCCAGCCGCUAAAGAAGGAGCUUCUUUUUGGUGGGUAUGGUGCCAAUGUGCUCGACGCUAAGGCGUUUGUGGUGACGUAUGUAGUCAACAACGGGCUUGUGGGAUCGGAACAGGUGCAAAGGGCCCAGGAGUUUGAAUUUACGUUGGAAAAGUACUUGCUCAAUCUCCAGCUCGAAGGGCUGGCCCGCGGGUUGAAAAUCAGCUUCUCUACCGACAUUUCUCUCGAAAAGGAACUCAACUCCAACACAAAGACGGACUUCAAGAUCAUUGUGGUUUCGUAUAUCCUCAUGUUUCUCUACGCAUCCGUCGCCCUUUCGCUCUCUAGGGGCUCUCGGAGGGUUACCUUUUCGUUGGGAUUGGUGGGCAUUGUGGUUGUCUUGCUCUCAGUCACCGCCUCUGCCGGUUUGUGCGCUCUUGCCGGCGUCAAAUCCACCCUUAUCAUCGCAGAGGUGAUUCCGUUCCUCGUACUAGCUAUCGGCAUUGACAACAUCUUCCUCUUAUCCCACGAAUUGAGCCUCAUCGGGGUGUCCCAUCCGAGCAUGUCUGUCCCUGAAAGGGUCGCCCUCUGUGUGAGACGCCUCGGACCAGGCAUCUUUCUCAGCGCGAUGGUGCAGUUUGGUGCCUUCUCCCUCGCCAGCACGGUCGCCAUGCCCGCUGUGCGGAACUUUGCCAUCUACUCCGCGGGAGCCAUUUUCAUCAACGUGUUGAUGCAAAUCACAGGAUUUGUGGCCUAUCUCGCGGUCGAUGAGGCUAGAAGAGCCGGCGACGAUGUAGUUGACGGCGGAUUCUUCUCAGAAAGUUUCAUCAAACACUACUCACCGUUUAUUCUCUCCGACAGCGUCCGCAAGGUGGCCUUGGUUGUGUUCCUGCUGUGGUUUACGAUCUCAUUCUCGCUCUUGCCGGGCAUUGAGUUGGGGCUCGACCAGCGAAUCGCCAUCCCCCAGGGCUCCUACUUGAUCGACUACUUUGAUGACAUGUACUCGUACCUCAACGUGGGUGCCCCCAUUUACUUUGUGGUCAAAGGGUUAAACUUUACCGAACGGUCGGUCCAGCAGAAACUCUGCGGUCGCUACGCCUCAUGUGACGAAUUCUCGUUGGCAAACGUGUUGGAGCAGGAGCGGGAACGGAGUGAUGUCUCGUUGAUUGUGGAACCCGUCAGCAACUGGAUCGACGACUACUUCAGCUACUUGAACCCCGACCUAGACCAAUGUUGCCGCGUUUCCAAGCGAAACAGCGACGUGUUCUGCAAGCCGUUCCAGCCAUCCCGCUCCUGUGAUUCGUGUAUGGCCAACCGGGAGCCGGCCUGGGACACCUCCAUGGACGGGUUUCCGGAAGGCGAGGAGUUUAUGAGGUACUUUAACCACUGGAUCGAGGCCCCCAGCGACGAUAGAUGUCCGCUAGGUGGCAAGGCUCCGUACUCCUCGGCCAUCGCUGUGGCAGAAGACGGCAAGAGCAUCGAUGCGUCCACCUUCCGCACCUCCCACUCGCCGUUGCGCUCACAAGCGGACUUCAUCGCAGGGUACCAGUCCUCCCUCAGAGUGGUCCUGGAGCUACAACACUACUUGGGAAUUCCAUCCGGUGACGUAUUUGCCUACUCUCCGUUCUACAUUUUUUUUGUGCAGUACCAGAACAUUGUGAAGCUUACGGUGGUGUUGCUCUCUACGGCCGUGGCGUUUAUCUUUGGUGUGUCCAGGGCAGUGCUCGGGGUAAACCGGGCCUCGCUUAUCAUUGUUUUGAACGUGGUGAUGAUCUUGACCGAUAUUGGGGGCGUGAUGGCCGUUUGGGGAAUCUCCUUGAACGCUGUCAGCUUGGUUAACCUUAUCAUUUGCGUGGGUUUGGCCAUGGAGUUUUGCGUCCACGUCACGCGUUCAUUCACGAUUGUCGACCCUCACACGCCGUUGAGGCUUUCUCCUGGGUGUGAAAACCCGGAAGAUUACUCGCGGAUAAACCGAACCUACCACGCGCUCAACACCGUCGGAGGCUCGGUGUUUGGAGGCAUUACAUUGACCAAGUUCAUUGGUGUGUGUGUGUUGUACUUUGCCCAGUCGCGGAUUUUUGAAAUCUACUACUUUAGAAUGUGGCUCUCGUUGGUGGUUAUCGCGUCGUUGCACAGCUUGUGCUUUUUGCCCGUGAUGUUGAGCUUGUUUGGGGACCACACGUUUUCCCAGACCCUGGGUGGAGCGGUGGAGCUUGAAGCUGAGUAGAAGCUGGGUAGAAGCUGAGUAGAAGCUGAGUUAGGGCGAAAAUAUACAUAGAUAUACCUUUUGGAUAGUGAAAGAUUUAUUUCAUGGUAGAUAACGGCUGUAUGGAGUCGAG